UGUUCCCAAAUGUCCCCAUUCGACAGAUGAGACGUCUGGGGUCAGAGAGGCAGUAACCGGCCUGGGAAUCCGGACGUGACCCUGAGUUUUGCUCUCAGCCCUGCCGUGUGCUGUGCUGGAAUUCAGGCCUGAACCCUGUGACCUCCCUGCCCUAGAUCCCAAAUCUGCCCAGGUUUCCGAUCCUGAUGGGGCAGAGCCUGGUCCUGGCAGAGCCACUGGUAUAGAUCCACUGGUAUAGAUCCACUGACGGUCCUCAGAACACCUCUGUGCCCUAAGCUGGGUCCUGAUGGUCGCUGUGGGCCCCACUGAACACACGUGGUCCCUUGUCCGGGGGAGCCUGCUGCCCUUGGGCAGCUGUGGAAAAUGAAGGAGCCCUGGAGGGCUGGCUGAGGGGAGACUAUCUUCCCUUGUGUUCAAAGGGGGUCCAGGCACUAGGGUUCUCCCCAGGUAUUUCUUGCUCUGUGUGGUCCUCUUGAGGCCUCGCCCUCCUUUUGCCUCUAGUAUUCCCAGGAGGGACGGUCCAUCUGGGUGUUCUCCAGGACCAAGGACCCACUGUUCUUCCUCAGUGACCCAGGAAAAUGAAGCCUCCUCCUGUUGGGACGGCUCAGAAUGGUGGACUCCACAGUCCCUCCGCGAGAGACGUUGUUUCCAUGCGUACAAUAGAUCUUUUUCAUCCCCCAAACCGAACACCCUCCUGCUCAACAGGCGUUAUUCCUAAAGUGGCUUCACUGUUCAGACUGAAGAGCCAUAGUAGCCAAAGUGAUGAGCGAAGUAGAACCGAGCAGUCAGGAGAGAUCUUGUUCCCUGUAGGAAACUGGGCAUCUCUGAGGCCCUGAGCAUCCCAGGAGGCCGAUUGUACAGAGACCUCUGGUCGCUGACCCCAGUCUGCCUCCACAUCCCUGGAAUAGCCCAUCAUGGGCCCUUCACCCUUGGCAGGUGGAAACCAUUCAACCUGCUGGGGCCGGAUGGACGUGGUAGAGGUCGCGGGUAGUUGGUGGGCACAAGAGCGAGAGGACAUCAUUAUGAAAUACGAAAAGGGACACCGAGCUGGGCUGCCAGAGGACAAGGGGCCUAAGCCUUUUCGAAGCUACAACAACAAUGUCGAUCAUUUGGGGAUUGUACAUGAGACGGAGCUUCCUCCUCUGACUGCGCGGGAGGCGCAGCAAAUUCGGCGGGAGAUCAGCCGAAAGAGCAAGUGGGUGGAUAUGCUGGGAGACUGGGAGAAAUACAAAAGCAGCAGAAAGCUCAUAGAUCGAGCGUACAAGGGAAUGCCCAUGAACAUCCGGGGCCCGAUGUGGUCAGUCCUCCUGAACAUUGAGGAAAUCAAGUUGAAAAACCCUGGAAGAUACCAGAUCAUGAAGGAGAAGGGCAAGAGGUCAUCUGAGCACAUCCAGUGCAUCGACCGGGACGUAAGCGGGACAUUAAGGAAGCAUAUAUUCUUCAGGGACCGAUACGGAACCAAGCAGCGGGAACUACUUUACAUCCUCCUGGCGUAUGAGGAGUAUAACCCGGAGGUGGGCUACUGCAGGGACCUGAGCCACAUCGCCGCCUUGUUCCUCCUUUAUCUUCCUGAGGAGGAUGCAUUCUGGGCACUGGUGCAGCUGCUGGCCAGUGAGAGGCACUCCCUGCAGGGAUUUCACAGCCCAAAUGGCGGGACCGUCCAGGGGCUCCAAGACCAACAGGAGCAUGUGGUAGCCACGUCACAACCCAACACCAUGUGGCAUCAGGACAAGAAAGAUCUAUGUGGGCAGUGUUCGUCCUUAGGCUGCCUCAUCCGGAUAUUGAUUGACGGGAUCUCUCUAGGGCUCACCCUGCGCCUGUGGGACGUGUAUCUGGUAGAAGGCGAACAGGCCUUGAUGCCGAUAACAAGAAUCGCCUUUAAGGUUCAGCAGAAGCGCCUCACGAAGACGUCCAGGUGUGGCCCGUGGGCACGCUUUUGGAACCGGUUCGUUGAUACCUGGGCCAGGGAUGAUGACACUGUGCUCAAGCAUCUUAGGGCCUCUAUGAAGAAACUAACAAGAAAGCAGGAGGACCUGCCACCCCCAGCCAAACCCGAGCAAGGGUCGUCGGCAUCCAGGCCUGUGCCAGCUUCACGUGGCGGGAAGACCCUCUGCAAGGGGGACAGGCAGGCCCCUCCAGGCCCACCAGCCCGGUUCCCGCGGCCCAUUUGGUCAGCUUCCCCGCCACGGGCACCUCGUUCUUCCACACCCUGUCCUGGUGGGGCUGUCCGGGAAGACACCUACCCUGUGGGCACUCAGGGUGUGCCCAGCCCGGCCCUGGCUCAGGGAGGACCUCAGGGUUCCUGGAGAUUCCUGCAGUGGAACUCCAUGCCCCGCCUCCCAACGGACCUGGACGUAGAGGGCCCUUGGUUCCGCCAUUAUGAUUUCAGACAGAGCUGCUGGGUCCGUGCCAUAUCCCAGGAGGACCAGCUGGCCCCCUGCUGGCAGGCUGAACACCCUGCGGAGCGGGUGAGAUCAGCUUUCAGUGCACCCAGCACUGAUUCCGACCAGGGCAUCCCCUUCAGAGCUAGGGAUGAACAGCAGUGUGCUCCCACCUCAGGGCCUUGCCUCUGCGGCCUCCACUUGGAAAGUUCUCAGUUCCCUCCAGGCUUCUAGAAGCAUCUGGGCCAGGGCUCAUGGCUGGAUAAUUUCCCUAGGCUUAACCCAAGCAAGCUUCGCCUCCUCGUUUUAUUUUUUGUUAAACUUAUGAGAAUGUAUUAAGAAAGAGUGCAGCUCGAGAGACAUUCAGAGAUGGAACACACCAGACCCCAGAUCACAAAGCCAACCAUGCCCAGCCCCUCCCAACACCCCCAGCCCCACGACCAUCGUUCUGAAUUCUGACGACACCGUGAGCCUGCCUUUGUACUUUAAACUCAUGGAAGGAUAACCACCUUCACGUUUUGAAAUAAAUGUUUCCUGUUGAAAUGA